UUUAUUUUAACGACUUAUUUAUGAAUUAAAUCAUUUUAUCAACACUAUGAAUUGAAAAAUGUUCACAUCACAUUCUAGAAAACAGUUAAAAUAAAAUAAUAAACAUGGCAGCAGCCUUUCAACAACAAAUAUUUGCUUUAGACGCUCGCUUCAAUGCUUACAGGGCUCCGAAUAAUCCCAACUUCAAAACCUUGUACAUACGAAGACGCAGUCAAUUGCUGAGAGAGAAUGCUAAAUUCAAAGACAUAGAGACCAUAAAGAAGUACCUCCACAUCCGGAGCCAGCUGCUGCAGCGCCGCUAUGGCGUCCAAGACAAUAUAUCAAUCAGCUCGGCUUCCUCACGCCAAAGAUCUAGCAGUAAGGCAAGUCUGGCGCUUGAUGACUUCCCUCAGAGCUCCAACAACAAGAAGAAAAAUGAAAUGUCAAUAUCAGAGAACUAUGCAUUCACUGGGGUACACCAUAUUUUUGACCAGCACUCCGAGCAAGUGAGCGUAGUGAAGUUCGCCAACAACGACCGUUCCAAGUUAGCUUGUGCGUCCCACGACGGGUCCGUGUCCAUCUGCGACGUGACGGCGUCCCCGCCGCGCGUCAGCUUCGUGCUGGAGGGACACACGCAGCCCGUCACAGGCUGCGACUGGUCGGCGUCGAACGAGCUGGUGGUGUCGGUGGGGCUGGACGGGCUGCUGGUGGUGUGGGACGUGUCGCGGCGCGCGCGCCUGCGCGCCGUGCGGGACCAGAUGCGCGCGCCGCUGCUCGCCGUCGCCUUCCAGCCCGCCAACAACAACAUGGUCAUUGCAGGAAACGCGAAGGGGAUGGUGGAAGUGUUGAACGUGUCCACAGGAAUAUACCCGAGAGGCGGAAGCAGCAUUCUGGGCGGACGAGUUCUUUCGAUAGCCUGCGAAUCGAGUGGACGAAUGUUUUGGGCUGCUAACGACAAGGGUGUGAUAGUGAGCUACCGGCUAGAGGGCGCCGGGGGGGCGCUGAGCAAGCUGCGGCGCUGCUGCGUGGACGGCGCCGUGUCCUGCCUCAGCUGGAGCCCCUGGCUGGCGCGCCAUCCCGCGCUGCUCGCCAGCGUCGCCACCGACACGCUCUACCUGUUCAGGAUCGCGGACCGCGACGGCACCCUGGCCCUGAAGAAGCGUUUCUCCACCAUGCACCGCGAGCACAGCGUCAAGUCCACGUUCUGCCCCAUUAUGUCGUUCCGGCGCGGCGUGUGUGUGGUGACGGGCAGCGAAGACGCCACCGUGUACUUCCUGGACAUUGAGGGCACUUCUAAUCAGCCCGUAGUUAAUAAGCUGCAAGGGCACGCGUCGCCGGUGCUGGGCGUGAGCUUCAGCUACGACGAGAGCCUGCUGGCCACCAGCGACGCCUCCGGCCUCGUCAUCAUCUGGCGGCGACCCUGACUUCACCACGAGACCCUGC